AAGAAACUGACAAUGUUUAUUGGUUUUUUAUUAAUUUCCUUGGUAUUACAUGCCCAAAGUUUUGCUGACUCUGAUGCCUCAUGGACUGUGAACAUUAACCAAGGUCCUGUAAAGGGCUACAAACCAUCGGGAUGGGAUUUAUUUGAAUUCCACGGUAUCCCAUAUGCUACAGCUCCCACAGGAGAUGACCGUUUCAAGGCUCCUUUACCAGCUCCCAGGUGGGAGGAAACUUUCGAAGCCGUAGAGAAAAAUAUAAUAUGUCCACAAAGUAGCAUUAAUGCGAAAGUCCGAGAAAAUUGUCUCAUUUCCAAUUUAUAUGUACCUGACACUAACAAGACCAAUUUACCAGUGCUGGUAUUCGUUCAUGGGGGAGCUUUUCAAAAUGGAUUCGCUGAUAAUGCUUCACCUCGGAAUCUAGUACAAAGCAAAGACCUUAUUUUCGCUGUGUUUAAUUACCGAUUGGGAGCACAUGGAUUCUUAUGCCUCGGUACGGAGAAAGCGCCAGGGAAUGCUGGUAUCAAAGAUCAAAUAGCGUAUCUACGUUGGGUACAGGAAAAUAUUGCUUAUUUUGGAGGCAAUCCAGAUGAUGUCACUGUAUACGGAAAUAGUGCUGGUGGCAGAGCAGCAGACCUUCUAGCUAUUUCUGAUGUAACGGAAGGGUUAUUUAAAGCCAUGAUUGCAGAUAGUGGUAUUACAUUGAGUGCGUCAACUGUUCAAGUAAAUCCAAUAGAAAAUGCAAAAACUUAUGCCAAACUCUUAAAUUUUAGAGGUUCUUAUGAUAUAAAAAGUUUAGAACAGUUUUACUUAAACGCAUCUUACGACUUGUUAACAUCAAUAGAUACGACAAAAUUGGUUGAUUUUCUGUUUUCACCUUGCAUUGAAAAAGAUGUUGGCCAAGAAAUUUUUCUGAGGGAAAGUCCUUUUGAUACGCUCAAAAGAGGUGAUAUCCGUAAGAUUCCAACAUUGUACGGCUAUACUGAAUUUGAGGGUACAUUUCGACUAGGUGUAUUUAAUGAUUGGAAAGAUUCGUUAAUAAAUAAUUUAGCAGAUUUCUUACCUCACGACUUACAAUUUCCUACUGAAGAAGAAAAAUUGAAUGUAAUACAAAGAGUAAAGUCUUAUUAUUUUGGCGACGAAGAAGUUAUUACUAAUGAAAAUAUUUUACUAUUCAUCGACUACUUCACGGAUACAAUGUACGUUUAUCCAAUGUUACGAGCUAUUAAAUUGCAAUUAGAGGCUGGACACGAAAAUAUUCACUUGUAUGAAUAUUCGUUUAUAGCAGAAGAAUCACCAGUAAUUCCAUAUAUAAAUAAACAGGCAGCCUUUCAUAGUGCACAGACAGGAGUCAUUCUUGAUACUAAUGAUGAAACAAAAAUUUCUACUGAGUUAAGAAACAUGAAAAGCAUCAUGCGUGACAUGUGGUACAAUUUUAUUUCAACUGGAGCACCCGUACCAGAGGAAUCGAGUUCCAUAGAGUGGCCAGCAGCAAAAUUAAAUGAUAUUAAACUGAUGUCUUUGAAUCGAACGAUCACUUUGGAGAGACUCCAGCACAGAUCGCUGUUCUGGGAAGAUAUUUAUGACAAAUAUUAUUUAAACCCAAUCGCUCCGAACGCUGACACCGAAUAGUUCCUGCAUAAAAAUAUUAAUAGAAAUAAAGAAACUGAAAAUAA